ACAGGCUCCUCAACUGGAACAGAGAAAGACGAGCGAGCUGCCUUUCCCCCGCCCGCCUAUUCUCUCCUUUCAGGAGACCUGCGUUUCCAAACCGAAAUUGCUUUGCACCUCUUUCUCCUUUUUUUUUUUUUUUGCAAAAAAUCAAUACAUUGGAGAGCUGUGCAUAUUUCCAAGGACUAGAGCCAUGGAAAGCCUACAUGGAUCAGCACAAGAAAUGAAAGUGGAGGAUCAUGACUCUGCAAAACCUGGGGAGAAAUCGGAGGUAGGCAUGCCAGGCCCUCAUGUUAUCCAGAACAAACUAGGCCCUCAUGCUAUCCGGACUAGAACGACCCGAGAGCUCCAGGCAGGGAUGACUCCGGGACCGAUGUGGGAAGCCCCAUCACAGGAAUUCUUGAAAACGCAGCAGUACUCAUGUUUCAGGAUGAGAAACCCGCUGAUGGAGCCCUCCCUAUGGAAUCACACCACAGCUUUUCACCCCUUUUUCAAGGGGAUAGCCGACGCCAGGCAGUGGCCCAGAAGAGAAUGGGUUCCAGGUCUCAAAGGAGGCAUCCUCGAGGCCUCCAGAAGCCUGGAUGCUUCUAAGAAAGUGAAGGAAGAGAUCCCAGAUGACAAAGAUGCCAUCGGCUUGGAGACACGAUGCCAGCGCUUCAGACAGUUCUGCUACCGGGAAGCGGAGGGCCCCCGAGAAAAUGGCAGGCAGCUCCUGGAGGUUUGUUUCCAAUGGCUGAGGCCCGAGAAACACACCAAGGAGCAGAUCCUGGAGCUGGUGAUCCUGGAGCAGUUCUUGGCAAUCCUGCCUAAAGAGAUGCAGGGGUGGGUGCGGGGACACAGCCCAGAAAACAUGUCCCGGGCGGUGGCCCUGGCUGAAGGCUUUCCUCUCCUCUUUGAAGAGCCCAAGAGAUGGGAACAAAAGCCGCCAGGAUUGCUGAAGGAGGCCUUUGCUGACUUCCCAUUGUUGGAGCAGAAUCCAUCAGAGUCCCAACAAACCCUUCAUGUGGAGGCUAAGCAAGAAGACAACAGAACAGCCUGCUUGCUGGCAGAUGACUGGCAAGCAAGCGAUGAUGAGGUAGAGACUUUUGAGGUGGAAGAAGGACCUGAGCAAACUGAACUCAAUGGAUUAUCAAAGGAUGGCACAAAUGGAAUUAAUUUCCAGGGACCAAACAUACGAGAAACAUUUGGAAGUCACCAGGGACAGGAGAACCUCUGUGUUGACAAAUGUUUUCCAGAAGCGUCUUCCUGCGUAAGAGAAACAGAGGGUCCUGACUGUGGGGAAAAACGCAGCCAAAGCUCUGAUCUUCCAAAGAGACGGCCAGCCCGAAAGCGAAAGAAAACACAUGUGUGCUCAGAGUGUGGGAAAGCCUUCGAUCGGCUCUCAAUUCUGGCUAACCACCAGACCAUACACACAGGAGAGAAGCCGUAUCAGUGUGCAGACUGUGGGAAAGGCUUUGGUUAUAAAGCGCUUCUCGUGAGGCAUGGGAGAAGCCAUGAAGGACAAAAGCCAUAUAAAUGCUUAGAGUGUGGGAAAACAUUCAGUACCAGCACCAUCCUUUCCGAUCACGAGAGAAUCCAUACAGGAGAAAGGCCCUUCACUUGUGUUGACUGUGGGAAAUGCUUUAUUAAGAGGGGCCAUCUGAUGAGGCAUCAACUGACCCACACCGGAGAGAAAAGGUACAAAUGCUCUGAGUGUGACAAAAGCUUUGGUGAUAAAAGUCUCCUUACCACACACAAGAGAAGCCACACAGGGGAGAAACCAUACACCUGUUCUGAGUGUGGGAAAAGCUUCAGUCAAGGCUCACACCUCAUCACCCACAAGAGAAUCCACACUGGAGAGAAACCACAUAAGUGUUCACACUGUGGGAACAGCUUCAGUCGACGGUAUGAUCUUCUCAUUCAUGAAAGGACACACACAGGAGAGAAACCCUACCCAUGCCCAGAAUGUGGGAAAGCCUUCCGUCAGAGCUCACAGCUUUUUGUUCAUGGAAGGAUUCACAUGGGUGGGAAACCGUACCGAUGCUCAGAGUGUGGGAAAAGCUUCCGUUGGGAGAGCAGCAUUAAAAUGCACAUGAAAAACCAUGCUGGGGAUAGACCGUAUGCCUGCUUGGAGUGUGGCAAAAGAUAUGGCAAGUCUUCACACCUGAUUCGGCACAAGGCGACCCACACAGGGGAGAAACCAUUCAAGUGCUCCCAGUGUGAGAAAAGCUUCACCCAGAGCUCCGCACUGAGAGUGCAUCGGAGGAUGCACACUGGGGAGAAACCCUACAAAUGUUCAGACUGUGGGAAAAACUUCAGCCAGAGUUCAAAUCUCAGGACCCACAUGAGAAUCCACACGGGAGAGAAUGUGGAGAAACCAUAUAAAUGCCUGGAGUGUGGAAAGGGUUUCUGUGCAAGCAGUAGUCUUAUUGUACAUCAAAGAAUCCACACAGGGGAGAAAUCAUAUAAAUGUAUGGAAUGUGGAAAGAGCUUCAGUUCAUGUCAUAACCUAACUAUACAUCAAAGAACACACACAGGAGAGAAACCUUAUAAAUGUAUGGCGUGCAGAAAGUGUUUCAGCCAGAGUGCAAACCUUAAUACACAUCAAAGAACUCAUACAGGGGAGAAACCAUAUAAAUGCCUAGUGUGUGGAAAGGGCUUCCAUUGUAGUGGAAGCUUUACUAAACAUAAAAGGAUCCAUACAGGGGAGAAGCCGUUUAAAUGCAUAGAGUGUGGCAAGAGCUUCAGAUUAAGCAAUAGCUUUACUAAACACAAAAGAAUCCACAUGGGGGAGAAACCAUAUGAAUGUAUGCUAUGUAGAAAGAGCUUCAACUCUAGUGGAAACCUUAAUGUACAUAAAAGAACCCAUACAGGGGAAAAGCCGUUUAAAUGCAUGGAGUGUGGGAAGAGUUUCAGUGCAAGCACUAGCCUUACUAAACACCAAAGAAUCCACACGGGGGAGAAACCAUAUGAAUGUAUGGAAUGUAGAAAGAGCUUCAACACUAGUGGAAACCUUAAUAUACAUAAAAGAACCCAUACAGGGGAGAAGUUAUUUAAAUGCACGGAGUGUGGGAGGAGCUUCAGGAGCAGUUCAAAACUAAAGAAUCAUUGUAGAACCCACACAGGGGAGAAACCAUAUAGAUGCAUUGUGUGUGGAAAGUGCUUCAGCCAGAGUGCACACCUUACUUCACAUCAAAGAAUCCACACAGGGGAGAAACCAUUUAAAUGUAUGGAAUGUGGAAAGUGCUUUAGCCAGAGUGCACACCUUAGUAAACAUGAAAGAACCCACACAGGGGAGAAACCAUAUAAAUGCAUGGAGUGUGGAAAGUGCUUCUGCCAAACUGCACACCUUACUUCACAUCAAAGAACACACACAGGGGAAAAACCAUAUAGAUGCAUGGAAUGUGGAAAGAGCUUCUGUGUGAGCAAUAGCCUUAUUGCACAUCAAAUAACCCAUACAGAGGAGAAACCAUAUAAAUGUAUGGAGUGUGGAAAGUGCUUCAGCCAGUGUACAAAUCUAAAUGCACAUGAAAGAAUCCACACAGGGGAGAAACCAUAUAAAUGCAUGGAGUGUGGAAAGUGCUUCAGCCAGAGUUCAAACCUAAAUACACAUCAGAGAAUCCACAGAGAGGAGAAACCCUAUAAAUGUAGGGAGUGUGGAAAGUGCUUUAGUGGUAGUGGAGGUCUGUCUUUACAUGAAAGAAUCCACACAGGGGAGAAACCAUAUAAAUGCAUGGAGUGUGGAAAAUGCUUUAUUGGUAGCAGAAGUCUGUCUUUACAUGAAAGAAUCCACACUGGGGAGAAACCAUAUAAAUGCAUGGAGUGUGGAAAGUGCUUUAACCAGAGUGCAAAUCUUAGUACACAUCAAAGGACCCACAGAGAAGAGAAACCAUAUAAAUGCACGGAAUGUGGAAAGUGCUUCAGCCAGAGUACCUACCUCAAUAUACAUCAAAGAACUCAUACAGAGGAGAAACCAUAUAAUUGUCUAGUGUGUGGGAAGUGCUUCCAUGAUAGUGGAAGCCUUACUAAACAUCAAAGAACCCACACAGGGGAGAAACCUUAUAAAUGCAUGGAAUGUGGAAAGUGCUUCAGCCAGAGUGCAAACCUUAGAAUACAUCAAAGAACCCACACAGGGGAGAAACCAUAUAAAUGUAUGGAGUGUGGAAAGUGCUUUAGUGAUAGUGGAAGUCUGUCUUUACAUGAAAGAACUCACACAGGGGAGAAACCAUAUAAAUGCAUGGAAUGUGGAAAGUGCUUCAGCCAGAAUGCAAACCUUCAUGCACAUCAAAGAACCCACACAGGGGAGAAACCAUUUAAAUGUAUGGAAUGUGGAAAGUGCUUUGGACAGAAUACAAGUCUUAUAGCACAUCAAAUAACCCACACAGGAGAGAAACCAUAUGAAUGUAUGGAGUGUGGAAAGUGCUUUAGUGGUAGUAGAAGUCUGUCUUCACAUGAAAGAACCCACACUGGGGAAAAACCAUAUAAAUGCAUGGAAUGUGGAAAGUGCUUCAGCCAGAGUGCAAACCUUCAUGCACAUCAAAGAACCCACACAGGGGAGAAACCAUAUAAAUGUAUGGAAUGUGGAAAGUGCUUUGGACAGAGUGCAAGCCUUAUUGCACAUCAAAUAACCCACACAGGAGAGAAACCAUAUCGAUGUAUGGAGUGUGGAAAGUGCUUUAGUGGUAGUGGAGGUCUGUCUUUACAUCAAAGAACCCACACUGGGGAAAAACCAUAUAAAUGCAUGGAGUGUGGAAAGAGCUUCUGUGUGAGCAAUAACCUUAUUACACAUCAAAUAACCCACACCGGAGAGAAACCAUAUAAAUGUAUGGAGUGUGGAAAGUGCUUCAACCAGUGUGCAAACCUGAAUGCACAUCAAAGAACCCACAGAGGGGAGAAACCAUAUAAAUGCAUGGAAUGUGGAAAGUGCUUUAGUGGUACUGGAAGUCUGUCUUUACAUGAAAGGACUCACACAGGGGAGAAACCAUAUAAAUGCAUGGAGUGUGGAAAGUGCUUCAGCCAGAGUGCAAACCUUAAUACGCAUCAAAGAACCCACCGAGCGGAGAAACCAUAUAAAUGUAUGGAAUGUGGAAAGUGCUUCAGCCAGAGUGCAAACCUUACUAAACAUCAAAGAACCCACACAGGGGAGACGCCUUAUAAAUGCAUGGAAUGUGGAAAGUGCUUCAGCCAGAUUGCACACAUUAAUAUACAUCAUAGAACUCACACAGAGGAGAAACCUUAUCAUUGUCUAGUGUGUGGGAAGUGCUUUCAUGAUAGUGGAAGCCUUACUAAACAUCAAAGAACCCACACAGGAGAGAAACCAUAUAAAUGCAUGGAGUGUGGAAAGUGCUUCAGCCAGAGUGCAAAUCUUAAUACACAUCAAAGAACCCACACAGGAGAGAAACCUUAUAAAUGCAUGGACUGUGGAAAGAGAUUCAUCAGUAAUCAAAAACUUACUUCACAUGAAAGAAUACACACUGGGGAGAAACCAUAUAAAUGUAUGGUGUGUGGAAAGUGCUUCAGCCAGAUUGCCCAUGUUAAUAGACAUCAGAGAACUCACACAGAGGAGAAACCAUACAAAUGUCUAGUGUGUGGGAAAUGCUUCCAUAAUAGCGGGAACCUUACUAAACAUGAAAGAACUCACACAGAGGAGAAACCACAUAAAUGUACUGAAUGUGGAAAAAGGUUCAGGGUAAACAGUAACCUUACUAAACAUCAAAGAACCCACACAGGGGAGAAACCAUUUAAAUGUAUGGAAUGUGGGAAGUGCUUUAGCCAGAGUGCAAACCUUACAAAACAUCAAAGAACCCACACAGGGGAGAAACCUUACUAAACAUCAAAGAAUCCACACACAGGACAAACCAAACAUACGGAAUGUGGAAAGUGCUUUAUCAAGACUGCAAACAUUACUAAACAUGAAAGAACACAAACAGGAAAGAACCCAUAUGAAUGUAUGGAGUAUGGAAAGGCCUUCAGACAGCAUUAACAUCUUAAUUCACAUGAAAGACCCCACCCAGGAGAACAACCAUAUAACUACAUGAAAUAUGGAAAAAAACUUCACUGCCAUCCAGACUCUUACCUAUACCAGAGAAACCAUUUGAAUAUAUGGAAUGAGGAAAGAGCUUCAACUCUAGUUGAAACCUGAAUAUACAUUAAAGAACCCAUACGGGGAGAAGCCACUGAAAUGCACCGAGUCUGGGAAGGGCUUCAAUGUGAGCAGUAUUCUUACUUCACAUUGAAGAACCCACACAGGAGAGAAACCUUAUAAGUGCAUGGAGUGUGGAAAGAGCUUCAACUCUAGUGGAAACCUGAAUAUACAUAAAAGAACCCAUACGGGGAGAAGCCAUUGAAAUGCACCAAGUGUGGGAAGAGCUUCAAUGUGAUCAGUAUUCUUCACAUGAAAGAACCCACACAGGAGAGAAACCUUAUAAGUGCAUGGAGUGUGGAAAGAGCUUCAGGUCUAGUGGAAACCUUAACUUACAUAAAAGAACCCAUACAGGGGAGAAACUAUUUAAAUAUCUAAUGUGUGGAAAGUGCUUCCAAGAUGGCGGAAUCCUUAAUAAACAUCAAUGAAUGCACACGGGAGAGGCCAAAUAAAUGCAUAGAAUGUGGAAAGGUCUUGAACUUCCCAGGAGGAUCGCUCCGCCUGUGCUGCCUCUGGGACGGGCUCCCGUCUUGGUGGAAACUUUCAGUUUUAAAACCAGUCAGAAGGGCUUUUUGACUGGGGAAAAUUUCUUCCAGAUAAGGAAGAAACGUAGAGAUUUUCCACAGAGCUUUGUUGUGUUUGUUGGAGGCUGGAAUUCUGUGAAAGAAGGUCUUCCAGCAGCUCGGAGGGAGCUAGGAUUUCCAACCAGCUCAACUGAUUAAGUGAGCCGUUUUUUUUUCUUCAAAGAAAAACGGAUUAACAGGCAAGCAUCCUCCUGUCUUUUCUCAUUAUUUUGUUAUCAAUACAGCUAAAGAGAUUUGUCAAAGAACCAGCAAUUAAGAAAGCCUGGGUGAGUCAUAGCUUUCUCUUUUAUUCACGGAGCUAAGGGGAAGAAAAUAGAAAUAGUUUAUCUUUAUAUUCAGACCCAGUGCCUGCAGGAAGAAGGAGAACAUCGCCACCCAGGGAAAGAGAGCCUGCUGUUGCUGCUGCUGUUGGAACACCACCUCCACCACCCUUCCCAGUGGGACUGCUGCCUGGCAGACGUGCCUCCUGCAGGACCAGGUCCCAGGUACCCAGCCAGCUGUGACUAAUUUCCAUCACCUGUCCUUCUUUGGAGGGAUACAUAAGCCGGCUGGCUGAGGUGGCCUGGGAGACCCAGUGCCUGCAGGAAGAAGGAGAACAUCGCCACCCAGGGAAGGAGAGCCUGCUGUUGCUGCUGCUGUUGGAACACCACCUCCACCACCCUUCCCAGUGGGACUGCUGCCUGGCAGACAUGCCUCCUGCAGGACCAGGUCCCAGGUACCCAGCCAGCUGUGACUAAUUUCCAUCACCUGUCCCUCUUUGGAGGGAUACAUAAGCCGGCUGGCUGAGGUGGCCUGGGUUUUUGUCUUUUGUUUUUUUGUUUUUGUUUUCUUUUGGGUGCCAUUGGUUUUAGCUAUGGGUGGGUUCGGUUUCAUUUUAUAUUGUAGUUCUUGGGUUUUUAUGUAGUUUGUAUGUUGUAUUUUACUUUAUCUUGUACGCCGCCUAGAGUGGCCGCUUGUGUGGCCAGAUAGGCGGCCUAGAAAUAAAAUUUAUUAUUAUUAUUAUUUAUUUUUAUUGCAAAAAGCUGGCAUGGAAUUCAGCAUUAUAAAGAUUACAGACGGCUGAGGGGUUUCUAAUUUAAAGAGAAAAAAUUUUUUUUUGAUUUAUAAGACUUUUGAGUAAUAUAUGUCUGGGACUAUUUUCCGGUUUACUUUUUUUUUUUUUGACGAAUCUGCUCAUUCUUCCUGCUACUAAUUAUUUGGAUGCUGUGAAUUAAAGUUGUUUUGGCACUUUUGGACAUACAAGAGAUAAGACAGUUCGUCUUGUCUAGAGGGUGACGUCAGCUGGCUUGAAAGAUUAACUCCUUUGUAACUGGAUAAAGAAAUAAACUGUUCUUUGCUUGGGA